CUGCGAAAGCUCCACCAUUUUCAACCACACACUCACUAUAUAUCUCCAUAGAAAUCAUCUUCUUCGUAUGCUCAUCAACAGAGCUACGAUUUUUUAUAUUAUUUAUAUUUUAUAUAAAAUAUAGGAAAAAACCUCCUCUCUCUCCCAUAGAGGAAGAGGAGAGAAAAAAAUUCAUAAACAAUUCUUCUUCCGGCAGUUUUCUCUCUCUACUUUCUCUCUCCUCUUCCUUUCUCAGCAUCGUCUGCCCGUUUUGUAUGUGUUAGAGAAGUUUUGUAGGUAUUGAUUGAUGGGAACGGAGGUAUUGCGACCGCAGGAUUGUUUGAUCCAACGGAUCAGAGUAGGUCCGGCGAGCCGGAAAAGUUGUUAUCCUAAUGGAAAUGCUAGGUUCAGGAAACCGGUGGUCCGGCCCGAGCAGAAGAAGCGGUUCAACGGCCAACCGGAGACGACGACGUCGCUGAUCCCGAAGCGUUCGACGAGUACUGACGACGAUCUGAGAAAGAAUUUCAAUAACAAUUACAAUCAAGGCCAGCUCGUGAUGGGACAGGUCACGAUUUUGAGGCGAGGCGAGUCGCUUGAUUCGAAGAUCAAGGCCGGCCGGCCGUUGACGAAGAACGGCGACGACCUGCUCGUCUGCGGGACGGAGCGGUUGGGUCCGGAUCCCGAAAUGGUCACGAAGCAGAUCCGGAUCGGGGACCUGAAAUCGGCUUUGUCUCCGAUUGCCGCCGGAAACCGGACCGACAUGUACGCCGGAUCGGCGUUCUCGAUGUCGCCGUCGCCGAGAGCUCUUCCUUUGCCUUCGUUUUUCAAUAAGAAACAGGUCUCGAAGAUCGUCGAGGACUCUGCGACCAGAGAUCUGAGGCGUUUGCUCAGACUCGAUUGAUCGAAGACGACGACAAACUCAAAUAUGGAAUCAAUUUGGACCUAGUACAACCGGUCGUAAUUCGCUGGGCUCGUUUUCAAGAUCUGGUCUUUCCUUCAUAUUUUUUAAAAUGGAGAGUAUUGAUCUGAAAAUGAAGAUAAAUAUUGUGAUAGCGAUUCAGAGAUGGUAUGUAUCAACUAUUAAUUAUCAGUCUACCACUACCUAGCAUAAACUCUCUGAUGAUGGGAUUAAAUUAUUAAGUAUGGGAUUAUCAUGUAAUUUGGGGGCUAAUUCUAGGGUUUUUAUCAAAUCUAUGAACGAAUCAAUUUAUGGUGUGUAAUACCUCUGUUGAGAAAUAAUAGUAUGGGAUGAUUUGGGGGUUUAUUAGAAAUUUUGAAUGUGAUUCAUGUGAAUGUUUUAGUCCUCUGUUGUUGUUGUUGGUGGCCGUUGGGAGGGUUUGUAGAAGUUGUUAUUUGUAUGAUACAAGUGAAUAUAUUAUCUAGAGUUUUAUUUA